AUGAAAGCAAAGGCUCGCCCAAUUCUGAAAAAGGAGAAACUAGCUGAGCCAUUAAUUGCUCCCCCAAUUCCACAAAAAUGUACAGCAACUUUGUUUUUAUGUGGGAACAGGGCUGGGACUAUGCACAAUAAUGACAUGCUGUAUAAAACCAGCCUUCUAACUGAAAAAUUUUCAGAUCUUAGAAAUUCCAAAAUUCCAAAUUCCAUUCCACUUCACGGAACAUGUGUUUUUGUGUGUGUGUUUGUACCAUCAUCUUGGAAGUUUGACCACAAAUGUAGGUGGUCGGUAUGUUUGUUUUACUUCACUCCUUUUAGCCGUUAUGCAGAGGAAGUUGAAGCUCGGCUGCGUAGUAUUGGACUGGUUUGUAACAUAGGUUAUCCUCCCAUUGAUUUGCCAGUGGCAGAAGUAAUUGAUCGUAUUACUCGUGCUGGAACACUUUAUGUGAUUGUUGUAUCUGCGCAAAAUGCGAUUCAUCGUUCUUGUACACUGAACAUACUUCAUGGCGCUCGACAAGAACAUCGAAAUAUGCCACUCGAUGAUGCAAUAUCUUUUGUGGCAAGAAAUUUUGAUACAUAUUUAAAAGUUUUGCGUGAACCUUUUCGAGGGCCACCUCCAGGUGCGUAUGACCCUGUUUAUGAUAGGGCAUACCCACCACCUCCCUCUCAUAAUCCACCUGUAGGUGGAGUACCACCGGCUAGAGAAAAAGCCAUGUCAACCGAUGAACUCAAUGCUAUGAUUGAAAAGCUAAAAAGAGAAAAGAGCAAAGAGAAGCAGGUUUGAGAAAGAAUGAUGAGAAUGGUGCACUAGCACAAGGUGGACAGUCGGAGCAGCUGUCAAAUAACACUUCUGCUUCUGAUAUGAAUUACCCUCCAUAUUCUCAAGGAAAUUCAUCGAGAGGUGAACAUGAUGGUACACGAGCGCCACAAUAUUACAAUCAGCAACAGCAUUCGUACAGAUAGACAAGUUAGAUAAACUGUUAUAUUUGUUUGCAGAAAUUAUGACAUGCAAAAUCACAAACAAGAAGGGGUAAAAAGGAUCAGAAAGAGAAAAUGGAAAUCUUGUUUUACUUGUACCAAAUUUUUGGAGUUUAUGGAGAACUUUUCUUGUAUGUUUACUGAGUAAAAAAAGCAUAUUUGAGAACUGAUUUGUUUUUAUUUUUUUGUAAAUAGUAUUUUUGGUAUGCUCAGUUGAAUAUAACUAUAUGUAUACGACUUUACAAAAAGUGAUAUAAUUUAAUAAAUUUCUGGC